CGGUCAGCCCAGAGAGUGCUGGGGCUCGCACUCACCCUAGUCUGUCCACUCCAAGCCCAGUACCGCCCACGCCCGAGCACCGCCCGCCGCCCGCCCCCUCGCCGAGCGCCCAGCCGGCUCUCAUAGCCCAAACCAGACGCCCCGGAACCCAGCGGUGUCAGGGAGUUCGUGGCCACCAUCGCCAUCGUGGGAGGUGAUGGCUCAGCCAGCACGGCGCGGUCAGCCGGGCAAAGCAGACGCUCCAAGGUCGGCGAGCGCCAGAGCGAAGCCCGGUCGUACCAGGCUGGGCUCCACCGCCGCGCUCCGGGCCUCGGUGCCACGGCAACAGCCAGGUAAAGGGAAGAAAGGGAAAGGCCACAGCAAGUCUCGCGGGAAGAAGCCGAGGAAGCCGGAAGUGGACAUCUUCAGCCCGGCCGCCAUGCUGAACCUCUACUACAUCGCCCACAACGUGGCCGACUGCCUGCAGCUGCGAGGCUUCCGCUGGCCGGGUGCUCCCAAAGGGAAAAAAGGGAAGAACAAGACUUAGGAGACGAGUUCCCAGCACAUCUCCGUCACAAACAACUUGGGGAAGAGAAAUCAGGAUAACGCGACAACGGCAGGCAAAAUAGACUUUACCGAAAACAACUUGAAAUGCAAGCUCAGUGUGCUUUUCUGUGGUAAAUAAUGAGGAAGAAAUGCCUUUAACUUCCUCAGCUAAGCUAGGCAUGGUUAGCCACUUUGGAUUUUCAGAAGUUAAGGGGGAAAGCCUGAACAAUUCUUACCCAGUGUAGUGGGAUCGAUAGUACUUUAAAAAAAAUUUAUUAUCAUAAUUCCGGGCUACAAAUUAAACCUUGCUCUCAAAAGGCAGUUCCAGUUUGCACGAGUUAUUUUCUUUUGCCAAAGGGGGUUUGUUAUUUAGAGAAGGAAGACACGGCAAAAAAGCACAGGCUUUGCUUAUGAUCUUCCUCUUCUUGGGCCGUGUUUCUUUUUUCUGUAGUUUUUCGUGUGGUGCUAAGGAUCAACCCAGGGCCUGGCACAUGCUCGGCAGGACCUCUACUACUGAGCUACAUUCACAGCCCUUCCUUUUUUUCUUCUUUUUGGAAAAUAAAUAUUUCUGUAAUUUUUUUCUCAGUAGUCUGACUCUGGUUUGAACUAGCCACAGAGCCUGGUCGAUACUAAGAUUGUCACUAGUGCUCUGUCCUUGCUGGGCAUGUAAGCUGAUGAUUAAAAGUAUCUGACAGUGUGUGGUGGGCGGGGUACAGGGAGAAAGAACAAAUCCCUGACUCAGGCCUUUGCUCUUUUGUAUCACCUGACUUCUCUCCACUUUUCCUGCACCCUUAGUUUCCUUCCCUCUUUCUUCCAACUUUCUUUUAAACUUGAAUGAUCCUGAAUCAUGGAAUUGGUGACCUGAAACUAACUUUGGCCAUUUGGCUGACUUUCCCAGAUCUCCCUAGCCUUGUGAGGAGACUUUAAGAGAGAAUACUGGCAGGGUGCUGUGGUGCAUGCCAGAGAUAGAGGUAGGAGAAUUGCAGAUUUAAUGCCAGACUUGGCAACUUAGACCAUGACAAAAAUAAUAAUAAAAAUUAAAUAAUGAUGAAGAAAUGCCUUUACUUUCUCAGCUAAGCUAGGAAUGGUUAGCUACUUUGGAUUUUCAGAAGUUUAAGGGGGAAAACUCAAAUAAUAAAAAUGGAAAGGGACUUGGGCUGUAGCUCAGUGGUAGAACAUUUGCCUGCUAUAUGUGGGGCUCUGGUUUCAGUCUCAUCCACAAAAAAAAAAAAAAAGAACUGCAUUUUUUUCCUUGUCCCCAAAGGCCCCUCUGCCCUCAAAUGUGAACUUUAGAGGCAUUUUUUCAAGUUUAUAUGCCAUCUCUGAGUCAGCAUUUUGUUUCUGCCUCUUGCUCUGACUUUCUAUUCCAACUCAUUCAUUUCCCCGAUCCUACCACUCUGACACCUGCAUUGGCUCCCUUCAUAGUUUUAACCUUAAAGCUUAUUGAGCACCAUUCUAGGAAUGUUCUAGUUUGGCUGAAUUACUUAAAAUUACGAUCAGUUUACCUUGUGGUGAUUUCAGAGUUUCACAGUGUUUUUACAGGAAGGCUGCAACCUAGGAUUCAGAAUUUCACAAAUAUCAGAGAAAAAGGAAAUUCAUGAAUCAUUGUACUAGAGAACUGGGGUGCUUAUAACCCACAUGAGCUUGUUGGGAGUGCCAUUUGUAUACCAGUACUAUCUUGUGCUAAUGCAGUGUAAGUUCUUGGCCAGCUGCCAGAGGAGCCCUCCUUUUGGAGAAUUAUAGAGCGAUCUUGCCUUUCCUGUGACUAUAGGCUUUAGAACCUUCCACCAAUUAGAAACUGCUGAACUCAUUAACUCUAGAUCAAUGCCUCUGAGUCAUCUGGAAGAUUUUGUCAAAAGUACAGAUUGCAGCUGUGUGUGAUGGGGCAUACCUGUAAUCCUGCUGGCUCAGGAGGCUGAGGCAGGAGGAUCAUGAGUUCAGAGCCAACCUCAGCAACUUAGCAAGACCUGUCUCAAAAUAAAAUAUAAAAAGGACUGGUCUGUGGCUCAGUGGUUAAGCGCCCCUGGAUUCAAUCCCUGGUAAACCCCCUCCCCCCCCCCAAAAAAAAAGUACAGGUAAUUGGACCCUACCCCAGCAGGAAAGGUAGAGUUAAAGAAUUUGCUUUCCCGCCCCCGCUUUGGGUACCAAGGGGGAACCACAUCCCUGGCCUGUUUUAUUUUUUAUUUUGAGAUGGAGUCUUGCUAAGUUGCUCAGGGCCUUGCUAAGUUUCUAAGGCUAACUUUUCUUUGUUCUUUUUAGUUAUACAUGACAGUAGAAUGUAUUUUG